AUGUCCGAGCUGGCCUCAAUUCAAUCAGCCAGCAAUGGCAGUCCGCCGCCCGAUGACCUCGAGCAAGAACUCGACACCUUCCUGCAGCCGUUGGUUAUCGAUGACUCAGUGGUCCACAAUCUGGCCUAUCAGUUCUCCAAGGUGUACGAAGAGCUAGCCGUGCACUCUGAAGAGCAGUUUCUGCCCACCCCCGUCACUAAACUGCCGUCGGGUCGGGAAACUGGCCAGUUCCUCGCCAUCGAUGUCGGCGGCACCAAUCUGCGUGUCGCCUUUAUCGAACUGCUGGGCGACGCUGCCAGCGAUGAACGCCUCCCCACCGCCAACGGCGCGGAGCGGUCACGUGAGACCAUCAGGAACGCGCAGCGCCCUCGAGUCCGCCGGACGCUGGAGAAGGCGUGGCCCAUUGGGGAGCACCUGAAGAUGGACAAGACCGAAGAUCUUUUUGCCUGGGUUGGCGAUUGUGUCGCCGAAGUCGUGAGCGAUCGGCUCACUUCGGAUAUGGGCAAAGUCCCCGUUCCAGAAGAGCUGCCGAUGGGUAUCACAUUCAGCUUCCCCAUGAUACAAACUGAGCUCUCAUCUGCGACGUUGAUGCCGAUGGGCAAAGGCUUCACCAUCAGCUCCGAUCUCGACCUAGGUUCCACGCUGCUGCAGGGAUACGCACGCCACACUCGACGGCAGUCCCCCACAAGUUCCUCGCCUCGAGCGAAGAGAAGGAGACUUGGUCCACUGCCGCGGUUGAAGAUUGCCGCCAUCACGAACGAUACCAUUGCUACUCUGGCCUCGCUGGCUUACACGGUCAAGUCACUGCCCAAUUCGCGGGUCGCAGCCGGAAUUAUUGUCGGCACUGGCUGUAACGCCACGAUUCCCAUGCCAUUUUCGAAGUUGGGCGAGGCCAAGAGCGAGUCCAUCCGAAAGAAGAAACCUGAUGCCACCGAGACAGUCGUCAACACCGAGAUCACAAUAGCGGGGGCAUGCGGCCCUUUGCAAGCGGUCACAACGGACUGGGAUCGUCAACUAGAUGCAGCAUGUGCCCGACCAGGAUUUCAACCCCUGGAAUACAUGACUGGAGGCAGGUACAUCGGCGAGCUUGUCCGCAUCAUUUUUGUCGACUACAUGACCACAGCGCAGAAACCGCCCGUGUCACCCGCUGCACUGCCUGCCACGAUUGUCCACAGCUACAGUUUCACGACCACGUUCGUCAGCGCCGUGGUGGCACGGGCGCGGUCGGAUUCGGAAUUGGCGGGCGAGUUGAAGCGUCGCAUCCCGCCCCCCGAGUCUUCGAACUGGGGCUGGACGCCGCACUCGGCAGGGGCGCUGCGCAAGAUUGCACAUCUUGUGCAGGUACGCUCUGCAGGACUGAUUGCCGCCGCAACGGUGGGACUGCUGGCCAUGGUGGGCGAGAUCGCCUUGACCGAACCCGGCAGUCCAGCCUCGCUUCCGGAUGCGGUCAUGACAGCGGACAGUAAGCCGGCCUCGCCCAAGCCAAACUUUGCCGCUCUCGCGCACGAAGCCCGAGAUGGGCUGUCGCCUGCCCCGGGUGCCACGGCUUGGAAGUCCGGGCCGGAAGAACUGGUGAUUGCGUACACUGGCGGGAUCAUUCAACAUUACCCCAACUUCAAAGAACAGUGUCAACGAUUCAUCGACCGACUUGUGAUGAGAGCUGGGCCACAGGAUGGUGGUAAGAGUGUGUUUCUGCGAGAAUCACGAGACGGCGGCAUCAUCGGGGCAGGGGUUUUGGCCGGGAUGGAGGCAAGUGACCAGGAGACGCAUGUGCGGUAG